AACCGGCGUCAUAAAUUGACCCGAAACGUAUAGAACCCUUUACCCACCAACUCAAAGACCUCACCAACCAUCCUCUCUCUCUCUCCCUCUCUCUCUCUCUCUCUCUCUCUCUCUCUUACUUACCAAUUAAAACACCCUCACCUGUGUUUCUUCCGUUCAGACUUACAGACUAAACAUUUCAUAACUUGAGAGUCCAAGCUUCCCUUCUUAUAGAAAGGAGAGGGUUUGGAGGGUUUAGGGCAUAUAUAGCUUGAACUGCCUCUGCCCCUUUUGCUCUCUUUGCUCUUCUUCCAAUCUUGUUUGAAGUAGACGAAAUAAUGGGUAAGAUCUACAAUUUGGCAGAAGUUGCAGAGCACAACAAUUCCAAGGAUUGUUGGCUCAUUAUCGGCGGAAAGGUAUAUGAUGUGACAAAGUUCAUGGAGGACCAUCCUGGUGGUGAUGACGUUUUGCUAUCAGCGACAGGGAAGGAUGCAACCGAUGAUUUUGAGGAUAUCGGCCACAGUACCAGUGCAAGGGCGAUGAUGGAUGAAUACUUUGUUGGAGAGAUUGAUGUAUCAAGCAUUCCCACCAAGACCAAAUACACUCCUCCCAAGCAGCCACACUACAACCAAGACAAGACCUCAGAGUUCAUUGUCAAGCUACUCCAGUUCCUGGUUCCCCUUGCCAUUUUGGGGUUGGCCAUUGCCAUCCGCUUCUACACCAAAUCGGCUUAAGCACCAGAGUGCAUUUUGGGACAGGGCAUUAGUUUGAGUUUGUGGUUAAAGCCUCCUAUUAAUUUUCUUUAUGUUUAAUGGACAUUGCAACUCAGGGGUUAGUAGUGUAGUCAAACUUGCAUAUGGUGGUAAUCUGUGGCUUGUUUAACCCAUGCAAAAAAGAAAUUUUUUUCCAAACCUUUGAUGCUUUUAUUGUAUGUUUACUCAUGUUCCAGUUUCCACCAUUCUCUGUAAUCUGUCUUCACAAAAGCAAACAUGGUGGUUAUGUUAUUCCUUAGUUUAGCAGCAUAGAGAUCCAAUCUGUUGUAUGACCAAAAUGUUUUUUUUUAGCACUUGAAUGAAUAUGUAUCAUUUUUCUUCAUUAA